AUGAUGCAUUUGAAAGAAGGUAAAAGAUUGGUCAAUGAAAGUCUUGCUGUAUUCUUGCUACUGUUUGUCGCCUGUUCGUAUGAAGGCGUAGAUUUGAUUGCUGGGUCACCAAGUGUAACACAUGACGAUUUAUUUGGUAAAAGAAAAAUCGGUACUUCAGGACUCUCAGCAGUGUUGUAA